AGAAAAUCAUAUACAAAUUUCUAAGAACUUGAAAUCUAUUUGAUACUAUAAACUUCUAGUUUCUAAUCUUUAGGCAAAGUGAAGUCUUGGAGCCUGCUAGAUACAUAUGGAGUUAACACUCCCAAAUUCGAGCUAGAGCUAAAUGUUAGUGGUAACAAUGGAGUAUUCCUCUACAUUUCACAUAAAAAACACUAAAUUUUCUUUUGGCAAUAGUUCUUUCACCCACUUCCCUUGUAAAUUCCUCUGACAAUAUAAUCCGAAUUCAUUCCAAAGUCGACCGGAAUUAUAUCUAAUCUUUCAUAUUCGGGUCGAAUAAUAUAAAAUACUUAUAUUAGAGACUACCCUUAUGGUCCUAGAUUGAACUUCUCAGCCCGUAUACUCUGGGCUUUUAAUGACAGACUCUGGUCCAAGAUUUCAACGGCAAAAAGCUUUUAAAUACAACACCGAAUCUACAUGAAAAUGAUAGGCCAAUCAUGGCCCAAAAGAACUAUAUGAACAUGGAAGAAUUUUCCUAGAAGUUUGUCAGUAAGGACCAGAGUGAGUCGGUGGCUGGCAAAAUUCGUACCCCACCAAGAUUUGAACAUCAAAAAGUCCACAACUUCCGCUGCCCAGAAAUUGCUUUCCUUCCUUCUUCAAUGGUGAAAAAAAAAAACACAAGCCUAAAAUAGCCAUCGUGGUCCCCCCCGUUGGGCAAUCCUCUUAUUCUGUAAGCAUGGCAUGGGCGCGUAGCCUAACGUGAAUCAAUAAAUAUACUCUGACAAGACUGAGUUAAGGCAGAUGACUGCAUACAAAUUUUGUCUCAAUGCACUUUAUCGUACACUCUACACGCGACUUAAUUGCGCCUAGGUCUUAGCAUUUUCCUUGUUUUGCGGUGCGAAUUGGAAAACCAAAAGCCAGCUCCCUAUGAUGCAUGGACCGACCUCCUUCCUAAUCCUGUGAAAUCAAUACAAAAACUUGAACUCAAAGCCCGCCCCUCUUGGUUUCUUUCGCAGGGUUGGUUGUUUUUGCUGACUAGUUUUUGAACCUUGUCCCUAGCAAGAAUCAUCUCACUAUCUACAACCAAGCUAGUCUCUCUCACUACAUUCUUUUGCUUCUGUUUUUUUUUUCUCCCCGUUGGAACCAUGAGCAACACACAAAGUCCUAGUUCUGGGUGUUUUUCGGCCGUUUUCCGCCGGCUUCUUUGUUCAGGGAGUCCUCAGACACAUCCAUCGGAGGACAUUAAAGAGUCAAAUACAAACGGGUUUGUUGGUGAUCAGGCUAAGGUUCAAGUCCAAACUUCUGAAAGUGGUCCUGGAAUUGUGGCGAGGCUAAUGGGGCUAGACUCAUUGCCAGAAAAAGACUGGGUUCAGAAAGGUCAAAGUCCAGGCCCGGUUACACGGAGCAGGUCAGUCAAUUUCAUGGAUUAUAUGCUGGAGUUUGAUUUGACAAAUGCCAAGCACCGCCGUGUGAAAACAUCAGCGUCGUUUCGUGAGGUACCGCAAGGUCCGCAACUUUUGCAGCAUAAUCAUAAUCAUGAAUUCUUGGUUGUGUACUUGGAUAGUGCGGAUAACAGAAAUGAAGCAGGGUUUAAGCCGAGGAAAUCUGAGAAAGGAGAUGGAUCAAGUAGUAAGCAUGAUAAGCAAAAGGAGAAUGUGAGAGAGAAAGUAGCUUGUAAGAAGGAGAAUCAAGAGAAAAACAAGAAGAUAGCUAAGCUAAAGAAUGAGCCGAGGAGAGUCUCUGGUAAACAUUCUUUGAAGGCUGGUAGCUGCAUUAGUGGAGCCAAGGAUGUUCAGAUUAAUCGCGGUGCAAACUCAAAGGCAAAACGUCCUUUGGAGAUGGUAAAUCAAAAGGAAGCAUCUGGUCUGACAAGAAAGAAAAAGAAUCAACGUGAACUGAAGAAAGUUGAGUACUCUGAGAAUAAUUCAGAGGGUUCAAGCCCUGUUUCUGUCCUCAAUGUAAAUGAUUUUACUGCCCACCAAGAAAAUAGCAUUUCAGCAGAGUUAAGGUCCUUGGAACUGAAGUCAGAGAAGAAAUGGUCAUCAAAGUCAGAAAAACAUGACUCCCCCGCUAUGGAUUUUAGUGCUCGCAUUUCAAUCACUGAAGGUCUUGGAAAGCAGGAAUAUACUAAGAAGAAUUUCGAGUUAACGGGUAUCGAGGAGACUGAGUAUUACAUGGAGUUGGUGGGAAAGCCUUGCAAGUUGACAGAAGAAGAUAUAAAAUUCUCAAAUUGGAUAGAACCCAAGAAAGUUUUCACGUUUGAGGACUUUGAGGAGAUCUGUGCGGAGUUUGGGGAGCAAUUACUUGAUCUCAUGAUGCACCAGGUAGCAGAUGAACUUGUGGGAUUUCACAUGCAAAUCACUGGCUUGUAAAGCAGAGUUGUUCCAUGCAAAAUCUCUUAACUGGUAAACCUUGAGAAUAACAUGUGAAGGGGGAAAUCCGUGUGAAAGGAGUCCGCCGACUUUGAUUACAGGACCAGUUGUCUCUGCAAGCAGAUAGCAGCAAGGAUCUAGUGUCACGUGGCGUACGGAUGUGUAGGAAUAAUGUGAUCCAUGUUCAGUUAACAUGUGGGUAAUAAAUUAGUAAUAGAUUCCUUUUGGUCAAAAAAUGUUUCCUCUCUGUUACGUGUGGGUUUCAUGUUGCAGCUUUAGGCAGAAUGUACAUUUUCCACAUUGAUUUGCGCGCUGUUUUUUUAUGUCUAAAAUUUCCUGGGGUCUUAAUUUGAUGCUGCCAAGUGAUCGAUUCUGCAUAUUUUGAAAUACAAAUCCCUAAUAUGAGGCCAUAGAUAAUGGACCACUCAGGGAUCAAACCAUUCCCAUUGACCUCCAGAUUGUGCAUUGGGGUCCUAAUUUCAGCAAAGUUUCUUUUCCCAAGGCGCUUCCUUGUGUACUCAUCUUUGACUGAUUCACUAUUUUGUGUGGAACCAAACUGAUGGGGAAGGACAUGUAUGCUUAUAACCUCACGGGGAAUUAUAAAGCAUGAAGCCAAAACUGAUAGUACAUUGUGAGAAAGGCAAAGGAAAGGCCCUCGUUUCUUUAGAAGAAAGUGGUUGGUUUUUACCCAGUGCAAAAUCUAAAAGUGGAGCACACACGGGUUGCCCCUGAUUCCUGAAACUUCAGAUUGGUUGUAAAAAGUCAAGAAGUUUUACUGAUUUCCUGAAGACAGUGGUAUCACAACAGAUGAUUGAAGAAAAAGUAACACCGCUCGUUAUGAAGCAGUUCAUCUAGGACCAAAAAAUGGAGAGAGAGAAGAAAUAUUGGAUUCUCAAGCUCGGGUUUUCCAAAAACUGAGAGCUCUCUGUUGUUUUAGUUGCACAGAAAAUGGCAGAGAUUGGAGCGAGAAUCUGACAGGCUCCUAGUCGAGUUCCUGCCCCUCUUGUUUUAGUACCACAGUCAUGUUGUUUGCAUCAAUAUGAGUUGCAGAAGAUCUGGACCGAAAUUUACGUUUUCUUCCUCCAUCUGAGCAUAGGGAUCAGGGCUGCGGCCUUCUUCUGCAUUGUGAGCGUAGUAGCAGAAUUGUCGUUUGCAUGAAGGUCCUUCGAUGCAACCUAGGGUCGUCCAAUAUACAGAAGGGUGGUACCAUGUCUCCCAGUUUCUAUGUGCAAACGGGCAUUGAUCUCCUCUAGCAACCUCCACUCUCCACUGCAUAGUUAUACUUGCAGGAACAAGCAAAGUAAUAGUGCUUCCUUAAGUCCCUUCUUCCAUCCUUCUCCGCUGGAUGCAGUUAAGGGCAUUCUCGACCUGACACCCUUUUUUGCGAAGUUCUAUCUUGUAUGUAAACAUCAUAAAUAUGAUCCAGGUUGUUUGGUUGGUUCUUGGUUCCUCGAAGCACUAAGCAGCAUCCCAAUAAUUUCAGGAGAAGGUUUAUCAGCAUUGACGCGACCAUAUCGUAGUAUGUAUUGCACCACUUUUGGACUUAUAUACAUUGCAGCAAUCUUAAAAGGUGUCCUCGUUAAAACCCUGUUAGACCCAAUUAGAGAAAAGAACCAAGCGAUAUAUCCUCAUCAAGUUUUUAUCCUUCAUUCUCCACCAUGCGUCUGAAAUUCGUCAGAUCAUCCAAGAUACAUGAUGCAGCCAAAUCUCAUUGAGGAAUGUUUGCAGCUUGCGCCAUGGUGAAACUGAGUUGCCUAGUAUCCUAACUUAUUAUCUCUCCCCCCCCAACUCCCGAGUUAUGCAGUACUUGUCUUCAGAUCACGAGGAAGCCUCUUUUAGCUAUAUCUGGAAGAAAGAUUUAACUUCAACCUGUCAAAUAAAGUUAGCAAGCCUUUUUUUCAUAAAACCAUAACUCCAUUUCUAGGUUUCCAUCAAGUUUUUGUAGUAUCAUCAUUAUCUUGCUUCUUUAGAUGUACAAUAAUGAAAUCUUUCAGGACCUGCAACAGAUUAAGAACAAAAAAAGAAAAGAAAAUGAAGAAGAAGAAUACUUCAGGUCGAAACAUUGAAUCAAGAACUGUCUCGACCCCAGAAUUACUGUCUUCCUCAAACUUGUACAAAGAAGUGAAACAGGAUAGAAAUUUAAUAGUUUGAAACAAAAGUUUCCAAACCAAUGAAAGCCACAACCUACCAUGGCGGAAAUUAUUUGAGUCUUUGCAUACAAAAGGCUUAACAAACAAUGGAAAAAAGAAUAUUGCGGUUUAGGGCAAGUACGCAAGGAAAAAUCUAAGGAAGUGGAAGUACAAAGAAAAAGCCAAGGCUUCAGAUUACAUUUCAAUUCAAGAAAUUGAAAUGAAAGAAUGGGAUAAGAUGACCGUAUCUUGAGAGAGAAGAAAUAUUGGAUUCUUGACCUUGGAUUUUCAGAAAAACAGAGUGCUCUCUGUUGUUUUUGUAGUAGAGAAAAUGGCAGAGACAUUGAGAAGAGUCUGAUAGGCUCUGGUCGAGUUCCUCCUCUCUUGAUUCAGUAUUUGGAAUCUUUUUAUUUCUUUGAAAUUCAUUUGGAGUCUAUGUAAAAUCAGAUAUAAUCUUUCUCAUUUCGAAAGUUGAUAAGUAGAGGCAACAUGAGAGAUCCCAAUCUGUUGACGUUGAAGCUUGUCCCAAACAAAGUGAAAAUCAAUUUCAAUGUCUCAUGCGGGACUGGAAGACAGGGUUGGCGUAAAUAUGUAGUAUCAACAUUGUCGCGAUACAUUGUUGAGAUUGCAAAAUUGAGAGUUUACGAGGAGAUUGAACCCAGUAUAUUUCAGCCAUGGUGGAAGUGACAACAUAGU